GUGUGUUUCCCCAAUUCAGCAGACCUUUGAUCGGCAAAUUUUGUUCGAGAAAAGCAAUUAUGGUUCCCCAAGAGUGGCAUGUUGAAGACGAGAGCGCCAAGGAGAUGCUCGAUAGGGUUCAGACGGAUCGGCCCUUCUUGCUUCUUCCUCCUCUUCAUCGGGUUCCUCUGCGCGUCGGCAAUGUCGUCGAAAUUGUUGGUCCUUCUCCUUCCGCCAAAACCCACAUCUUGAUUCAGGCUGCAAUCAACUGCAUCCUGCCUCAAGAGUCGGAUGGCAUCAAGUAUGGAGGACUCGGGCAUUUAGUGAUGUUCCUAGAUUUGGAUUGUCGCUUUGACUUUUUACGGUUUUCGGAAUUGCUCAAGAUUCGGAUCUUGGAAGCCAGAGGUGAUCAGAGAAUUUUUCUUAAGGUAGAGACCAAGGUCAGGGAGCAACAACCCGCCAUAAUACUAACUUCAGUACCUGCACUAGGUGCAGCUUUUGGUGCAAAAUUUCUUGAAGCUGUUGUGGUGGAAUUGACUACUCCAUGCACUCCUGGUUGCAGAGGCAAAGAUGGUACCAAUGGAGAAGUGGCUCCUGGCAAUGUGUUUUCCAUUCAACAUCUUAUGCCUGUUGGUAAGGAUUCUUGAAGUGUUAACCGAUCUGAUUCUAAGGAUUCUAAUUCUGCCAAAAUACAGAAGACCAUAGCCUCAAAGGAAAACAUCUUGUCAAAAACUGCUUUGAGAGUUCUACAUAGUAAAAGAGAUGAACUGGU